UGAUCAGAUUGCUGAUGAAAUUGAAAAUCUCUGUAGGACGUUAGUUAGUCGUGAGAUGGAGAUUAGCAGGCUCUCAUCUAAGUGUGGGAAUUACGUCCACCAGAUUGAAGCGUUUUCCAAGGCUAUGGCCAGUCUUCAGGAUGACCGAGACAAAUUGCUGCAGGAACUCAGCAGUCAGAAGGUAACUUCUGAAACAAGCAGGGCACAGCUUCAUUUCACGUUGGUUGCAACAGCAUCAAUGAGAUAAAUGAUUUUAAAAGUAAUUUGGGUAUGUCUCAGAACAAUAAGGAAAGACUGGCUAAAGAAGGAGCCAGCCUUGCAGCUGUUGAAAUAUCAAAACUGAAGACCAAGGUUGAUGAUCUGGAGAAGACAUUGCAUCAGACAAAAGCCUUCCAAGCAGAAACUGAGAGAGAGAUUGCAUCAUACCAGAAUGAGCUUGCUGGAUUAAGAAUGGAGAAAAACCUCCUACUCUCAGAGUCACAGGCACUGCGAAAUCAAUGCCAAAUCACAGUCGCUGAGAAAGACCAACAGAUUGCAGAGCUACAGAAGCUGCAACAAGACAUGAUUGUUAAGAAAUCAGUGUCUGCUGGCAGCAAUUACCCAGUCAAGGUUUUAGAAACUGCCACCCUUGCUGGAAGUGCGGAUGUGCCAGAAGAAAUCAAACAUGUCUUAGCUGAGAAGAAUCGGCUUCAAAAUGAACUGCAGCGCUGCCUUCAGGAGAUCCACCAGAAGGAUCUGCAUUUUCAGCAGAUUAAUUCAAAGGUUGUGCAGUCAGCCGAAGAGAAUGCUGUCUUAUCUGCCCAGUUGAAGACUCUUUCUCAGACUCUAAGAGAUAACCAGCUUCAUUACACUGACUUGCAGAAUCGCUAUUUAAGACUGGAGAGGGAAUAUCAGACAAUGCAAGUGGCAUCUUUCCAAGGCACUGUUCAGGAUGAAACUAGAGCCGAAGUUCCCCCUGGAGCACCACAGGAAAGAUCUGCAGUUAUUGUUGAAAUAGACAAUAUGGAGCUAAAUGAACUUAGAAAAAGGCUUGCAGAGACUGAACAACAAUAUGAUUCAGUGCAGCAGGCUCUCUCACAGCUGACAGAAGCACUGGCAGAAGAGAAAAGGAGGAGAGAAGCUGCAGAAGAGGCUCUUGGAUUCUCUGAGGAGCAAAGUAACAGAUUUGAAGUAAGCGGUUACAGGUCUGUACCUAGCGAAUACACUGUUCAAAUGGAAACUGAGGAGGAAAGGGAAGCCUUAAUCAUCAAUCCUAGUGAACAUGUUAUUGUGCGAAAGGUAAGAGGAGCCCUUUCCUUCCGAAGAUGGCUUCGAGGGCGAAGUCUUUACUGUUCCAAGUUGCUGACCUCAAGGGCAAAAUCCCGCUAUUUAUUCUUCACAUACCUAGUUACACUACAUGUUGUUGUUUUACUGUGCCUCACUGGUGUUCUCUGA